CUGACGCAACACUCUUUAUAUUGAGAAUUAGGCCACGAAGACUCGAAAGAUAACAAACUGGGGUAUUUUUAGGUGGAAAUUACAAAACACCGGACUUUGGGAGUAGUCUGAAAUGAUUCGUUGUGUUGUUAUUUUGAGCGCGAUUUUUUCACUCAUUUUUACCCAAGAUGAUAUUGUUGAAGACACGCAGUUCGCGACUUGCUGGAUUAACAGCACUGAAGUGCAAACGACGGCAAAUGCGACGGUCAAGAGGCAAUUGAAAGGGGUUUGCACUUAUAAGCAAAUUGAGCAAAAAUUUCAACAAUUGGAAGAAAAGCUUUUGGCUGAGUUGAGCCUGAUUAAGCAACUCUUAGGAGGAGAUAGCAACAAACCAGUUAGAACUAACGAUUAUUAUGAUUAUGAAGAAAAAAGUCUGAAAGUUGCUGACCCCAUCACCGAUGAURGUUCUGAUAGUACCAUCAUAAGUGUGACCGAGGAGGUAACCCAUGCCUCGUCGUGGGUUAGAACAGAAAUUGUUCAUUUAAACAACACCAUUCAUGUCCACAAAGGCGAAAAACUUUUCAUUUAUUACUGGGAAAUCCCCGAGAUUGGGGCAGUUUUGCCCAAAAGUGGUCUCCAUAUUAGAAGUGCCGACUUUUACGUUUUGGGUCACCAAUUAUGUCUACAGCUAUAUCCAAAUCACAUACCGAAAUAUUUAGGCAUCCAGCUCAAACCUAGCAGUAAUAUUUUGAAGAAACACAAGUUCACAAUUUUGGAUCAUUUUGAUGGUAGCAAAAAUAUAAAUUCACAAAUUUUUGGUGGUGGCACUUACGAGGGAUUUUAUAAAGUCCCAUAUGCGAAAUUACAAGAAAGAAAUUAUUUAUUUGACGAUAAACUUGUAAUAAAGUUGACGAUUUUUCUCAACUCUUGAAUAAAAUGCUUUUAACAGUA